AAUAUUAAUUAAAUUCUUUACUAUUCAUAAUCCUAUCCUAUUGACCCAAACCAAAAUCCCGUUGGCUAAACAAACAGAUUACAAACACAAAUCUACGUACAGAUCGGCUUUAAUUUCAUUUCCAUGCAUUCCCAUUCAUUACUAUUUCUGGAAAUUCUACUUUCUCAAUUUUAUAAAUGAAAAACUCCCGCCCUGUUUCCUGCAACCCUACAAACAACAACGUAGCUUUUAGUCUUUCAGAAAUGUCAACCUCUGAUUAUACUCCUAAAGCUAAAGCCAAAGGCAAAGCUUACUGGCACUGGAACACUACCAAAACAAAGCUUGAUUUUCCUGCUGUUAUUGUUUUCUGUUGCUUCUUCUUCGUUUUUGGCUUCCUUUGUUCAAGCCUUCGCUCUCAGGUUUCUGGAGUAAGGCAGAGAGGGAGGCAGCUGCUUAAUUCAGUGGAGUAUGAGUUGAUGGGACAUGGAAAAACUGGAGAUGAUUCUAUUUCUGUUAUUCCUUUUCAGGUUAUAAGUUGGAGGCCACGUGCUUUUUAUUUUCCGAAAUUCGCAACUCUGGAGCAAUGCCAACAUAUAAUUAACUUGGCAAAACCAUACCUUGCACCUUCCAAAUUAGCUUUGCGGAAAGGGGAAUCAGAAGGUCCACAGGAUGUUAGAACAAGUACGGGCACGUUUCUUAGUGUUUCUGACGAUCCUACCGGAGUUUUGGACGCCAUUGAAGAGAAAAUAGCAAAGGCUACAAAGCUUCCAAGGACUCACUAUGAGCAUUUUAAUGUUCUGCGCUAUGAGUUGGGACAAAAGUACGAUUCACAUCUUGAUGCGUUCCCUGUCGAACAAUACGGUCCCCAAAAGAGCCAAAGGGUUGCUACCUUUUUAGUAUAUCUGUCAGAGGUUGAAGGAGGAGGGGAAACUGCAUUUCCAUUCGAAAAUGGGUUGAAUAUGGAUGGAAGUUAUGAUUUCAAGAAGUGUAUAGGUCUGAAAGUGAAGCCACGCAUCGGCGAUGGGUUUCUGUUCUAUUCAUUGUUUCCCAAUAAUACGAUCGAUACGGCAUCACUUCAUACCAGCUGUCCCGUAAUCAAAGGUGAAAAAUGGGUGGUUACGAAAUGGAUCAGAGAUCAAAAAGAUUUUUUUUAGGGAUCGAUCCCUUCCCAUCAGUCAAGUUGUCCCAGAGUUUUUGACUGGCUUCUC